GGCAACAUAUGAUUACUCUGAAUACUAUGAUAUUAAUUAUACUGAUUUUCCUCCAGAACCAUGCGAUUAUGCAUCCCAUCCAAUCUAUUUUCUCCCAGUGCUCUACUCUGUGUUCUUCGUGGUAGGCUUUUUUGGCAACAUGCUGGUGCUGUGGGUGAUCCUGGGAAGUGCUCAGAUAAAAAGCAUGACUGAUGUGUCUCUCCUGAACCUGGCCAUCGCUGACCUCCUACUAAUCUUCACUCUCCCCUUCCUGGCUCACUAUGCCAGAGAUACCUGGGUUUUCGGUAACGCCAUGUGCAUUCUGGUUUUCGGUGUGUACUACAUUGGAUUUUAUGCUGGAAUUUUCUUUAUUGUGCUGAUGAGCAUCGACAGAUACUUGGCUAUCGUUCAUGCUGUGUUUGCCUUGAGAAUCCGAACAAAAACAUAUGGGAUUUUUGCUAGUGUGGUGAUCUGGAUUAUAGCUGUUGCAGCAUCAUUUCCUGAGCUACGCUAUAUUGGAAUUGAACCCUAUGAUGAAAAAAAUAUUUGCAAUGCUUAUCCAAAAGAUGAAAAUCACAAUUAUGUGAGAAUUGCAGCUUUUAUUAAAAUGAAUGUUUUGGGAAUGCUGAUUCCACUGAUUGUUGUGGGAUUUUGCUACACGAUGGUGCUCCAGAGACUGCAGGCUCUUCGUACAUCCAAGAAACUGGCUGUUCGUCUUGUUGUUGUGGUCAUGGUGGUCUUCUUCUGCUGCUGGAUACCGUACAACAUUGCAGCACUCCUCAAAGCACUGGAACUGAAGCACAUCCUGCCUUCAGAGUGUGAGCUCAGCAAAAGGAUCCAACUGAUGCUGCAAGCCACUGAAGCCGUGGCGUACUCACACAGCUGCCUUAAUCCGUUCCUCUACGUGUUUGUGGGUGAAAAGUUCAGAAAUCACCUUGUUAGGCUCUUGCGUCAAACACCAUUUGUCCAUGUGCAGUGUAUGAAGAGCUACAUGACCCAGGCAGCAGGCUCGGUAUAUUCACGGACAACAAGUGUGGACGAACGCUCAGCUGGUGUCUGAAUGAUAGAAGAACACGAGUCUCUCCUGGAUUAUAUAUAAUAAAUGCUUUAAACUAAUUGCUUAUGUACAGUACAAGUAAAAAAAGGGGUCAAAUUAGGUUUGUUUGUGUUA